UAAGUAAAAAGUAUCACUUUCAUGUCUCAUCUUCAUCUUGUUGAUUUUUUUUCUUCUUUUUUUUUGUUCACCAAAACAAUUGAUUGAAACAAUUUACAUACUAAUUGUGAUUAUUUCAUCAUCGUAAUCAACUGAUUACAAUGUGCUCACUGCAAUAUUAUAAAGAUUCAGCUUUGUCUCAAUCUAAAAGUUUAAUUGUUUUGAAAAAGUUACAACAAUUAAGCUCAAUUGUUACCAACAUUGAAACGGAAACAUGUUACUAUGUUAAUUGUUCAGCUUCUUUGGGUGAUAAAGAUAAGGCAACAUUGGAAUGGGUUUUGGGAUCAACUUCAUUUACCGAUAAGUUAACAGUUAAAUCAAAUUUACGGUCAAAGGCCAAUGGUCAAGAUGCUCUUCUCAUUGAGAUUGGACCUUUACUUAAUUUUGCUUCACCCUAUUCAUCAAAUGCAGUGGCUAUUUUUACCUCUCUCGGGUUAAAGGUCAACAGGGUGGAAAGGACAACCCUUUACUUAAUCCAUUAUGAAAAGGGACAAAUGAAUGAGAAAUUGGAAAAACAAUUGGUCAGUUGUUUACAUGAUCGGAUGACCCAACAAAGAUACCAAUUUACAGGUAAAAAUAUUUUCACUUCGAGCUCAGGUAAAUCUACUGGUAAAGACUGGACAGUGGUCGAUAUACUUGGAAAGGGAAAGGAGGCUCUCGUUGCGAUUAAUGAUCAAAUGGGAUUAUCGUUUGACGAUUGGGACCUUGACUAUUAUACGAAAAUGUUCAAAACGGACAUUAAACGAAAUCCAACUUCCGUCGAAUGCUUUGAUUUAGCUCAAUCAAAUUCUGAACACUCGAGACAUUGGUUCUUCAGGGGUAAAUUGAUUAUCGAUGGUAAACAAAUGGAAACCAAUCUAUUUAAGAUGAUUAAGGAAACUCAAAUCAAUUCUAAUCCUAAUAACAUAAUUGCUUUUAGUGAUAAUUCAUCAGCAAUUAAGGGAUUUAAUGAUUUACAUAUUAUGGUACCAAAGGAAUCGUCCCAAUCAUCAGAAGUGACAAUUAAGCCUAAAUCAACUCGCCACGUGGUUUUCACGGCGGAAACUCACAACUUUCCCACCGGCGUUGCACCUUUCCAAGGAGCCACAACAGGUACUGGAGGUCGUAUUCGUGAUGUCCAAGCAACUGGUCGAGGUGCUCAUGUAAUUGCCGGAACUGCUGGUUACUCGUUUGGUAAUUUACUAAUUCCUGGUUAUCAGCUCGAUUGGGAAUCGCCAUCGGAAGUUUAUCCAAAUAAUUUUGCUAAACCUUUGGAAAUCGCAAUUGAAGCUUCAAAUGGAGCCUCUGAUUAUGGUAACAAAUUUGGUGAGCCAGUGAUCACCGGAUUUGCGAGAUCAUUUGGAAUGAGAUUAGCCAAUGGUGAACGAUGGGAAUGGAUCAAGCCGAUCAUGUUCAGCGGUGGAAUUGGAUCGAUUGAGGAUAAGUUUUGUGAUAAAAAUAGUCCAUCCCAAGGUAUGUUGGUCACUAAAAUCGGUGGACCUGUAUACAGAAUUGGAGUGGGUGGUGGAGCCGCAAGUUCAAUUGAGAUACAAGGUGAUGAUAAGGAUGAACAAUUAAACAUGGAGGCUGUUCAACGAGGUGACCCUGAGAUGGAGCAGAAAUUAAAUCGUCUCAUUCGUGGUUGUAUUGAGAGAUUAGAUAAUCCAAUCCAAUCAAUUCAUGAUCAAGGAGCUGGAGGCAAUGGUAAUGUCUUAAAGGAGAUAGUUGAACCCAAUGGAGCUGUUAUUUAUAUUGAUAAAUUUACUCUCGGUGAUCCGACAAUUAAUACCCUUGAAUUGUGGGGGGCUGAGUAUCAGGAAUCAAAUGCUAUCCUGGUUAAACCGGAAGAUCAGAAAACUGUUGAGAAAAUAAGUAAACGGGAAAAAUGUCCAGUUGAUUUUGUUGGAACGGUUACAAAUGAUGGACUAAUUAAGCUAAUUAAAAGUAAAUCGUCCGAUAAUCCAGUUGAACUUGACUUGAAAUAUGUUCUUGGUGACAUACCUCCGAAAACCUUUAAUCUUGACCAUAAGGUUAAUCCACUUAAACCACUUACCCUUCCAGCUAAUCUUAAUCUCUAUCAGGCCCUUAAUCGUGUCUUAAGAUUACCUUCAGUUGCAUCUAAACGUUAUUUAACCAACAAAGUUGAUCGCAGUGUUACAGGAUUAAUUGCCCAACAGCAAUGUGUUGGUGAACUUGGUGUCCCAUUGGCUGAUUAUGGGAUGAUUGCUCUCUCCUACUUUGAUACAAGAGGAGCAGCAACUUCAAUUGGUGAACAACCAAUCAAAGGAUUAAUUGACCCCGAAGCUGGAGCUCGAUUAAGUGUCACCGAAGCGUUGACCAAUCUAAUGUUUGCUUGUAUAACAAGUCUACCAGAUGUUAAGUGUAGUGGUAACUGGAUGUGGCCUGCGAAGCUAGAAGGGGAAGGUGCUAAGCUUGUUGAUGCGUGUCGUGCAAUGUGCAAUAUAAUGAGUGAAUUGGGGGUCGCAAUCGACGGUGGUAAAGAUUCAUUAUCAAUGGCGGCAAAGGUUAAGACUCACAUGAAAGGUGGAGAAGGAGGAAAGGGUUCAAGUGAGGUGGUUAAAUCACCAGGAACUCUGGUUAUCUCAACUUAUGCUCCGGUUCCUGAUAUAAGAUUCAAGGUAACCCCUGUAAUGGAGGGUAGAGGUAAACUGGUUCAUAUUGAUCUUUCUGGUUAUUCGGGUAAACGACGAACCGGUGGGUCAGCUUUAGCUCAAGUUUAUGGUCAACUGGGUAAUUGUGUACCCGAUGUUGAUGACCCUUCCAUCCUUAGGAAAUGUUUCCCAAUGAUACAAGAUUCAAUUAGAUUAAGGGAAGUCCUUUCAGGUCAUGAUAUUUCCGACGGUGGUUUAAUUACCACUCUACUGGAAAUGGCUUUUGCAACUAAUUGUGGAUUAACAUUAAACUUUAAUGUUAAAUCAAAUGAAUCACCAAUUGAUUACCUUUUAGCUGAAGAGGUUGGUGUUGUUGUUGAAGUUUCAAAGGACAGUUUAUCAUCUUUCAUGGACCAAUUGACCACAGCAGGAAUACCAGCAACAAUCAUUGGUCAAGCUAAUCUAGAUUCUAAUAUAAUUGAUAUCACCAUUAAUGGUCAACCAUUUAUCAAGUUAAACACUAAAGAGAUGAUGGAUAUUUGGGAAGAGACCAGUUUCCAAUUGGAAUUGCAUCAAGCUAAUCCAUCUUGUGUCGAAGAGGAGAGACGAAGCCUUAAAGAACGACGAACUCCCCUGUACGCACUUAACUUUGAUCCAACUCACACCGAACUGAGAAACCUUAAAGUUGCUGAUAAUAAGUUCACAAUUAGGCCUAAAGUUGCCGUUAUUCGAGAAGAGGGAAUCAAUGGCGAUCGUGAAAUGAUUGCAUCUUUUUACAUGGUUGGUUUUGAUGUUAUUGACUUAACAGUCACCGAUCUGCUCAAUGAUCCAGGAAUUAACUUAAAUCAAUUCAGAGGAUUAGUUUUCCCUGGUGGUUUUUCAUUUGCUGAUGUCCUUGGGUCAGCAAAGGGUUGGGCAGCUACUUUAUUGUUCAAUGAAACAAUCAGCAAUCAACUUAAUCACUUUGUUAAACGUCGUGAUACAUUUUCCCUUGGUGUUUGUAAUGGUUGCCAAUUGAUGGCACUUCUUGGUUGGAUUGGUGGUCAAGAUGAUGGGACACAAGGAACUUUACUGACCACAAAUGAUUCUGAAAGAUUUGAAUCUAGAUUUGUUUCUGUUAAAAUUAAUAAUAAUAAUAAUUCAAUCAUGUUAAAGGGUAUGGGUGACUCGGUAUUAGGGGUUUGGGUGGCCCAUGGGGAGGGUAAAUUUGUUUACCGAGAGAAAUCAAUUGUUGACAAGUUGAUUAAAUCAAAUUGUGUGGCAUUAACUUACGUUAAUGAUAACGGAGUUGAUACCGAAAAAUAUCCAAUGAAUCCCAAUGGAAGUGCCUUUGGAAUCGCUGGACUGACCAGUUACGAUGGACGCCAUUUAGCAAUGAUGCCUCACCCGGAGAGAUGCACCCAAAUCUGGCAGUGGCCUUACAUCCCGAAGGAGUGGAAAAAGUUGACCGUCUCCCCGUGGACGAAAAUGUUUUACAACGCCUACGAAUGGUGCCUCAAGAACUAAUCAACUAAUUACAACAAUUAACGUGCUUUUUUUGUUUCGUUUUCUUGCAAUUUUCAUCAAUUUCAAUCCGUAAAAAUAAUUUACAACAAUUUACAUCCAAUUAAACUUGAUUAGAUUAAACUAAUAGCUGUAAUUAACUUAAUUGUUGUUGACUACAAAUGAUUGACUAUUAAUCUCUGUUUAACAAUUACAGCCUAACAAUAAACUAAAUUGAUUGUUGUUA